AUGAACUUACGACUUGGUGUGUUCGUUUUAUCUGUAUUUCUGCCGUGUUCUGCUUCCGGGAAGCAUGGUGAAAAAGCAACUAGAAAUGUAGUUGUAACAGCAGAGGAGGAGAAGGUCCGUGAUGCGGCUGGCUACAGCGCAAUUGCCGAAAUCCACAGAGAAAUGGAUGAUGACCACUCUGGGUCGAUUGACAGGAAGGAAACCACUGGGUUCAUGAUGGAGGACAUGCAUAUGCGCGGAUCUGAUCGAACUCGGCGUGAACAUGCGUUUCACGGCGACGAUGAUGCGAUCACAGUCGAUGAUCUGUGGGAGGCAUGGUUCGAAAGCGAUGAGCGGGCUUGGACCACCGAACAAGUAUUGAACUGGAUAGUGCACGAAGUGAAUCUACCAAUGUAUGCAGAUCGAAUUACGGAACUUAAAAUAGAUGGUACAGCGUUGCCGAGGUUGGCGGUUCAUAACUCAACAUUUAUGACAAAUCAGCUUGGGAUAAAAUCAUCAGUCCAUCGACAAAAACUUCGUUUAAAUGCGCUUGACGUUGUUCUUUUCGGUCACCGCGAUCCUUCUUCCAAGGGCAAAGACAUUGCUUUGGCGCUACUGCUUCUCCUUUUAACCUCUGUUCUUAUCCUCUACGCCAAGCAAAGACGAAGAGCUCGUCUUCAAGUGACGGAAUUAUCACAAAAAUUGAAAGAGUUGAAAAACAUGGAAAAUGAGUUCGAUGUUGUGCAAAAGAAAUGGAAUGAAGAAAGGAAUAGGAGGUCAACUGCUGAUGGAGGAGUUAGCCAAGUUGAGGUUGACAAUUUACGCGUCCAGUUGGAAGAGGCAGAACGAAGACUUGAAGAAAACGGAAUAGGAGGAGUACCUCUUGCCUUGCAACCACUUCUACGUAAAACAUGUGAAGUCGAAAUGGCAUUUUUAGAGAAGCAGAAGCAGGAGUGUGUGAAAGAAAUGCGUGAUGCAAUCGAGUUAGUAGACAGACUUCAGAAGAAGCAGUCUAGUGUAAUAUCAUCACUCAAACUGGCAACAGGGGCGUCUUCCUCUAGUGAUCAAGUCGACAGUAAAAUUUUUGCAUUGAAGUCUCGUAUGGAUAAAAUCCAUGCCCUUACACGUGACACCCAAGAACGUUGGCUUCAGAUCGAAUCCCUGUGUGGUUUUCCUGUUUUUUAUAUAGGUGAAACGAUGCCAAUCGUGCACCACUCAACAUCGUCCUCGUCUCAUUUCUAUGCGGCCAACUCAGCUGGAUCGUCAAUUUCUUCGAAGUCGUUGGCGUCGUCUGGCGGUUCAACCGCCCAUGCAAGCAACCAUACACUUUCUGCCGCGGCAAACACAAGCGCACCUGUGGUGCCACAAAAGCCGCCUUCUUUCUUGUCCGGAAUCCCUUCCAGUGGAAACUCACUGUUAAACAGAUCUAGUGAGGUUACUAAUGGUGCGCCAAGUGGUGAUCCAGUUGGACCACAGCGCAUAAUGACCGAGGACACUCUAUCGCUAUCUUCUACGGAAGGAAAGAGAAAGAAAGGUUUCUUGAAGUUUUUCAAGAAAUCCUCCUCAAGAAACAGUAUGAUCACAACACCACAAUGA